AUGAAGGAAGUAGAAACAAAAGAAUGGAAAAACACACACAGUGUCUGGGAGGUGCUNNCACACACACACACACACACACACACACACACACACAUUCAUGUGCUACCCUGUUGUUUCUUCAGCAGUGUCAUUAUGGACGUCCAGCUGGUCUGCAGCACUUUGAGUCUACUGUUACCUGUUAUAGGAGCCCUCGGCUCUGGAGAUGACGGCUGGUCCAUGAAUGUGCAGUCCGAGGUCCGAGCCAUCCAGGGCUACCCGGUGGUUCUGCCCUGCACCUUCAGCCACCCCCAGCACUCCCAGCAUUCCUCUCUGCAGGUGCUGUGGCGUCUGGGCCACGGGCAGGGCUCCACCGUCCUGUACCGCUGCACCAGCCGGCCCGGGGCUCCCACCUGUGAGCCAGGGCCCCAGCAGGACCAGCGCUACCGGCUGGAGGGCAACCCGAGGGAGCACGACCUGUCGCUGCGGAUCAACAGCGCCACCCUGCAGGACAGUGGACGCUACUACUGCAGAGUGGAGGUUCAGGGGCGAGAACAUGUCAGCUUUGAAGACAAGAUGGGAACCAGGCUGCGAGUGGAGGCUCCUCCAAAGAUCCUGUCUCUGUCAGUGGAGGGCAGUGAGCAGUCCGGGUACAGAGCGGUGUGUCGGGUCCAGGGCUCCCCGCUGCCGGAUGUCCAGUGGCUCGGCCCGGACGACCUGCUGGAGGGUUCUCCGGUUGUUCCUCUGGCUCAGGGCUCCGUGGCUCACUACCACACCGUCAGCCAGCUGAGAGACGUGGAGCCGGGCCAGCAGUACACCUGCAGCGCCUCCAACCCGCUGGGCAAAGAGCAGGCCACCCUGUACGUCCUGGCCCCCCGAGCCCCGCUGCCUGGGAGCGGGGCCUCGCCUGCUCUCCUGCUGCUCCUGUCGGUGUCUCUGGGUGCUAAGGUCCUCCUGCUGGUGGGGAUGGGGGUGUGGAUGGUGCAGGGAGGAGCUCUGCAGGGAGUCAGCUGCUGGUGGAAAUAA